ACGCGGCCAUGGCGCUCGCGCUCGCGGUGCUGCGCGUCUUGCUGGGCCUCUUCUUCGCGCUCACGGGGGCGGCCAAACUCACGGAGCACCUCUCGGCCCACGUGUACGCGCAGAUGAAAGCCCAGUUCGUGCAGUUCGCCGACGUCUUUCCUCUCAAGGACUUGGGCUACCAGCCGGACCCAGGCCAGUACCUGCAGGCGGUGGGCUGGAUCGAGUUGGUAGCUGGCUUCCUGUUGGCUUUCGGACCCCAGCUGCUCCGAGAGAUCAGCAACUUUGUCCUCACCCUGGUGAUGAUAGGCGCCAUCUACACCCUCCUGGUGCUGAAGGAGCCGGUGGCCACUUGUGCCCCGGCCGCGCUCUGCCUCGGCCUCCUGCUGCUGCUCAACAUCCGGAGCCGCGAGACCCGCCCCCACAAGGACAAGUACCAGUGACCAGAGACCCCCGAACCUGACCGGGAGGAGGAAGGAGACACCCCCACCCCUUCCCCCAAAUACACACACCCAGCCUUUACACCGGGGCUAGGAACUGGAGCAGAGCUGGGUGCUGGGACAAUUGGGCCUUUUUUGAGGGGGCAUCCCUCCGCCCUCGACAAUUCUUUCCACCCUCACGGCCGGGCUCGGAAUAUGCAAUCCCUGUGGCCUUCCCCCCGCCCCCCACUCCCAUAGUUCUGCGGAAGAGGGGGGUGACUCUUCCCUCAAGGCCCAUACUGCCUUUCUCCCCUUUAUUUCCCUCCCCGUCCCCUCCCCCCAGUCUCCUGCCUUUGUCCUUCCCUUCUCCAUAGGCCUUCUGCUCGCCUCUCUGGCCAUGGAGCUCUGUCCUGUAGACCCCCGGGAAGGGGGUCGUUGCUUGCAAUAAGGGAGGGCUGUCUGGAUUCUACCCCAGCUCCCGGCCUUCUGAGACCGUGGGUGGGGGCACAUGGGCGGUUAACCCCCACUGACCUCUGCUAAAAUGGGUUGAGUCAAAUAUAUAUAUUUUUAACCUUU